CCGGGUCACGUUCAGAUCGGCUUGUGUCUCCAGGAUCGAAACAACAGCUAUUGUAUUUAUUUAAUCCUUUAUUUGUUUGUUGUUCUACGGUGUUCAUUGCGAGUCCACUAUUAAUUCUUUAUAAUCUAGAACAAUCGGUCUAUAUUACAGAAGACAGAGGAGUUUGAAUCAGACGCACCUGCUGCUGAUGUGAUGAGCAGUAACAGUCACCCCCUGCGGCCCCAGAGCUCCGUGUCAGAGAUUGAUCAUGUGCAUCUGCUGUCGGAGCAGCUGGGCUCGUUGGUGUCUGGUCAGGAGUACAGCGACGUCACCUUCAUUGUGGAGCAGAAGCGAUUCCCCGCACAUCGGGUCAUCCUGGCAGCACGAUGCCACUAUUUCAGAGCUCUUCUGUUCGGUGGAAUGAAGGAGUCUCAGCCUCAGGCAGAGGUGUGUUUGGAGGACACACGAGCAGAAGCGUUUGGAAUGCUGCUGCAGUAUCUGUACACCGGAAGAGCCAGUCUGAGCUCUGCUCGAGAGGAAGUUCUGCUGGACUUCCUGGGUCUGGCCAACCGUUACGGGCUGCAGCUGCUGGAGGACUCCACAUCUGAGUUCCUGCGGACGGUGCUCAACACUCAGAACGUCUGCCUGGUGUUUGAUGUGGCCACUCUGUACUCUCUGAGCGUGCUCGGUGCCGCCUGUUGCUCAUACAUGGAUCGACAUGCUCCAGAUGUUCUGGUGUCCGAUGGCUUCGUGACACUCUCCAAGGCUGCUCUGCUGACGGUCGUUAGCCGGGACUCGUUUGCUGCCAGCGAGCGGGAGAUUUUCCAGGCUUUAGCGCGCUGGUGUCGGCAGAACGGUGAGGGGACGGCCACACAGGACGUGAUGUCAGCGGUGCGUCUUCCACUUAUGACGCUGACGGAGAUGCUUAAUGUGGUGCGACCCUCGGGUCUGGUUAGUCCUGAUGACCUUCUGGAUGCAAUUAAGAUGCGUUCUGAAAGCCGAGAUAUGGACCUGAACUACCGUGGCAUGCUGAUUCCUGAGGAGAACAUAGCCACGAUGAAGCAUGGUGCUCAGGUGGUAAAAGGGGAGCUGAAAUCUGCUCUACUUGAUGGAGACACACAGAACUAUGAUCUUGACCAUGGCUUCUCCAGACACCCCAUAGAGGAGGACGGCCGUGCAGGGAUUCAGGUCAAACUGGGCCAGGCUUUCAUUAUCAACCACAUCCGCAUCCUCCUGUGGGACCGGGACAGCCGGUCGUAUUCAUAUUACAUUGAGGUGUCGAUGGAUGAGCUGGAUUGGGUUCGAGUUGUGGAUCAUUCGAAGUUCCUCUGUCGGUCCUGGCAGAAUCUGUACUUCUCUCCCCGUGUGUGCAGGUAUGUGCGGAUUGUAGGAACACACAACACUGUAAAUAAGGUCUUCCAUCUGGUGGCCUUCGAAUGCAUGUUCACUAACCAUCCGUUCACUCUGGAGAAAGGGAUUUUGGUUCCCAGUGAAAAUGUGGCGACCAUCUCAGCGUGUGCGAGUGUGAUUGAGGGCGUGAGCCGCUGCAGGAACGCCCUGCUGAAUGGAGACACCCGCAACUACGACUGGGAUUCAGGUUACACGUGUCAUCAGCUGGGCUCAGGAGCCAUUGUCAUUCAGUUGGCUCAACCCUACAUCAUCUGCUCUCUACAGCUGUUACUCUGGGACUGUGAUGAACGCUCGUACAGCUACUACAUCGAGGUGUCCUCCAACCAGCAGCAGUGGACAAAAGUGGUGGACCGCACAAAAGUGGCCUGUCGAUCCUGGCAGAUGCUCACAUUUGACAGACAUGCAGCGUCUUUUAUUCGGAUCGUGGGAACGCACAACACUGCAAAUGAGGUUUUUCACUGUGUGCACUUCGAGUGUCCUGCACAACUCAAUAAUGAAGUCAUGAAGGGGAGCCCAGGACACACGUCCCCCGAAUCCACUUCAUCCCAACAAUCUCGAUCUGCUUCCAGCCAGCCUUCAUAAACUUCAUCAGUCAUAAUCAUCUUCACACACCUCAGAGGAACAACUCUGCCAAAGGAAACAUGGAUGUCAAGAUGGACACAGCAAUAGCACUGCUGAACUUUUACCACAGUUCUGAGAGCACAGGGCAGUUUAUGCAUCAUUUACUUACCCUUGUGUCAUUUCAAACUUAUAUGACUUUCUUGACAUGAAACACAAAAGUAGAUUAGGCCGAGUGUUCAGCCUGUCACCAUUCACUUACAUACUGAAAAAAGAUGCAAUGAAAGUGAAUGCUGACUGAGACUAACAUAUUGCCUUACAUCAUCUUUAGUGUUCCACAGAAGAAAGUUUUACAUGUUUGGAGCAAAAUGAGGGUGAGGAAAUGACUUACAUUUUUUAUUUCAUGGGUGAACCUCUACGAUACAGUAAGUGAUGAACCGAUUAGCACUUGUCUUGUUGUUGUAGGUCACAUCCUCAUGUCACUUUGAUUUUUGUUUUCUUAAUAAGCUAUUGGCUGAUAUUUUAUUUUUAUUGCCCAGGUUUUAUCAAAUCAUUUGUUUUCAUUUUGAUUAAGUGUUAUUUAUUAGUAGGUAGUUUUCUUGAUAUUGUAUAUGUAAGUUAAUCUGAAUUGUUCUCAGCAUCUUAAAACGGUAAUAUUUAUUCUAAGUUGUGACUUAGUAGAUGUUUUCUCACUUAAUAUAUAAGGGGGGGGUUAAGUUGCACUAUAAGAAUGGUACAUAAUUGAAACACUUCUUCUGUUGACUUUUAGUUAGAUGCAUCCAAACUUAUUAAACAAUGUAUUUGAUCCUAAUUAUACUAAAGUUGAUCUUUUACUGAGUUCAGUGUUGUAUUUCUAGACUUUUUCAACAAACUUUUAACAAAUCUCUCUCUCAUUCUGUAGAUUAUGUUCUUUAAACUGGUCUUCCAAGAUUUAGAAAAAGUUUCAGCAUGUUAUUUUGAUUGCACUGAACUGAACUGAUUUCCUUAAUGCUGAUUUGUCUGUAAGUGCUCAUUUUAUAAGGCUGUAAAUAGCAUUACAUGUUAGGAUGGCGUGGAGCAUUUUUGAAGCUGUGCAUAUUCAUCUUAGUUGGUAUCUUUUGAACUUACUCGUAAAUAAAGUGUUUAUUU